AUCCAUGAACACUUCACAUCUUCCACACGGCUCCACCGUUUUCCGUCACUGGUGUCUCCAUGUCCCCUCUUAUUGUCCCCUCCAUCAUUGCUCCGUGUCCUCUCUGUGUCCCCUUCCUGUCCCCUCCGCAUCCCUCCAAUGUCCCCACCAUGUCCCCUUUGCGUCAGGGUGACACAAGGCGUGGGAGCACAUGAACAGGGAGACGCAGGAACACGCUGACAUGGCUGAUCAUGGACAUGGCAGUGACAAGGACAUGGGGACAUGGCUGCUCACAGACAUGGCCACACGAUGGCAGAGACAUGGGGACACAGGGACACAGUGACAUCUAUCCAUCCAACAGUCCCUGCCCUGCCUCCCUCCUGCUGACAUUCUGGAAUGUGAGAACCAAACCGUUAUGCUGCUGUGGUGUCAUCAGUUUGGGGACAGCACAUGGAGGGGCACAUUGGUGGCACCCCUUUGGUGACAACCUCGAGAAUGGCACAUUGGUGACAAACCUGCAGCCAUUUCUUUGGUGACAGCACUGAAGCCAUCACCAGUGACAGGACCUCAGGGGUGGUCCAUUGGUGGCAGCCCCUUGGUGACACUCCUGCCGCCACCCCCAGUGCCAAUGAUCCCUGGCCAUGCUGCGACUCCAUGUGGUCAGUGUCCACAUCCCCGGGGCCACCGGCUUUGGUCCCAGUGUCCAUCUGUCCGUCUGCUUCCGAGGUACCUCCAGGAGAACCCAGGUGGUGCCUGAGGAGCGCAGCCCCACCUGGAAUGAGGAGCUGGUGUGGUCACUGGACGAGUGUCCCCUAAGCCCCACGGACACGCUGAGCCUGCGCCUCAAGCACUGGGACCACCUGGUGCCCCGGGGGGACUUGGGUGGCACCACAGUGUCAUUGGACCAGUUGGUGGCCAACCCCAGCCUGCCAAUGGCCCGCAGGGAUGCCCUGCUUCUGGACCGCUGGGAUAAGCCCACAGGGUGCACUGUCACCUUCCGCUGUUACUACACCCCCCGUGGCAAGACUGAGAACGCCACGGUCACCCCUCAGGGAUGGGUGGCACUGCCGGGGGCACUGGAGCCACCUCAGAGCUCUGGCAGGGCCCCCGUGGAGAGGAAAGAGGAUUUCCAGGUCCGGGUGAGGAUCAUCCAGGCCCGGCAGCUCCAGGGCAACGAUAUCAGGCCGGUGGUGAAGGUGCUCAUAGGGAAGCGGCACUUCCGGACCCGGAGCCGGACAGGGAACAACCCCUAUUUCAAUGAGGUGUUCUGCCAAAAUUUCCACGAGACGCCAGAGCAGCUGGUGGCACAGCCCAUCCGGAUCCAGGUGCUCCGUUCCCAAAACCUCUGCACCAAAUCUGUCAUUGGCACCUUCGAGCUCGACAUCGGCACUGUGUACUCUGCACCAGGGCGCACCCUGAGCCAGCAGUGGUUGAGCCUGCAGCACCCGCAGCACCAUGACAGCCGCUCCCAGGGGUACCUGCAGGUCAGCCUGGCCGUGCGCCGGGCGGGGGAGAGAGUGCAGGAGCAGGAGGUGCCAGCGGGGGACGAGGACGUGGAAUCCAACCUGCUGCGCCCACCCCCAUGUGCUACCAUGCUGCAGAUCCGUGUGUACCGUGCCCAGGACCUGCCACAGGUGGAGCCGGUGCGGCCGUACCUGGGCGUCAGGAGGGGCUGGGGGAAGGUGGCAGUGCGGGUCAGCUUUGCCGGUAGGACGAGGUCAUGCCGGAGCAAAGUCCUGGGCACUGCCACCAUCCACCUGUCCCAGAUCUACCAAGACCCUGAGGAACUCCAGGGGGUGACCCCCGGCUUCCUACCCUGCUUUGGACCCGCCUUCCUGCCCCUGUAUGGCCCCCGGCCCGACUGUGCCCAGGACUUGGGGGUGGAUUAUCGGGGUCGAGUGCUCCUGGAGAUCUGCACCAGUGAGGGGACCCCAGAUGGGCGGCAGAGAGACAUUGUGGCACCCGUGGAUGUGGAACGGGCACAGCAACAGCUCCUGCCCCGGUGCCAGUGGGGGCUCUGUGGGGUGUUUUACUCGGCCACGAUGGUCCCAGAGGGUCCUGAUCCGCUGGGAUUUGAGCUCGGGAUUGGACACGACUCCUCGGCCACCCCCCUGAGCCCCCCCCUGUUUGAUGGGAACCUGUACCACCACCUGCCCUGGCAUGGGGACAAGCCUGUGGUGGCUGUCACCUCGUCCUGGGAGGACAAUUGUUGCCGCUGGGACACCCUGAACCUCCUGCGCACCCUGUGCCGGCACCUGGAGAGGAACACGGCAGAGUUGCGGCGCUGCCGUGGGGACACCGCGAGGGACGUGGGGGUGAAGCUGCUCUGGGAGCUGGAGCAGGACUGCACGCAGGCACUGGCCCAGCUGGAGGCACAAACCACGCCCCUCACGGCUCUGGAUGAGCAGCUCAGGAAUUCCCGGCGGCUUCUCCUGCGACAUUUGUGGAAUGUGGCCAAGGAGGCUCCAGUAAAGGCUGACAAAUACGACUGGGACACACUGGUGUCGGGGGCUGAGAGGUGGCUCAGACGGGUGGCUGCCCUGGCAGUGGAGCCCCAGGCUGGUGUCCCCAAUUUGGUGCUGUGGCUGCUGCGGGGGCAGUGCCGGGUGGGCUGUGCCCAUGUCCCUGUCACCGAUGUCACCUUCUCACCAAUUGGCCCCGACGCCUGUGGGCGGCUCUGCGGGAGGAUGCAGACCAUCUUCCUGGGCUCCAGGACAGUCGGUGCCCAGGUCCGUGUCCGGCUGUGGCUGUGCCGGGUGUGCGACAGCGGGGCCCUGCCCUCACUCCUCGAGGGGUCCCUGCAAUUCCACACCGAAACCUACGAAAACCAGACAAGGCUUCCGGGGAAAUGGGUGCCCUGGAAGCUGUUGGGGCGUCCCCCCUUCUCCGAUGGCAUGGGCAGGGAGGGGCUCCCUCCGGGAAAGAUCCAGCCUCCCAAGGGAUGGCGCUGGGAGGGGCCCUGGAACGUGGAGCUGCAGCCGAGGGAGAUGCUGGACACAGGCAGUGCCGUGUGUGAGAUGCUGCAGGAGCUGAACGGGAACCAGAUCCAGAGGAGCCGCUCCAACGGGACCACCUCGGAUACUGACCCUGGAGCAGUGUCAGAGGACGAGCCCUGGCAGUCGGAGUGUUUCUGGCCCUUCCCCUUCCGUCCCAAACCUCCAAGGGGUGUCCUGGGGGGGGCCCUGUGCCGGCGGCGCCGCUGGCACCGUGGCUUGGUGCUUGCCCAGCCCACGGCCGUGGCACCCCUGUUCCUGCUGCAGGGAGUCCCAGACACGGAGGAAACGCCCCCCGUGGCACCGCUGGAACCCUGGGGGUCGCGGCCCCCCCUGGAGCAGCCCCCGCCCUUCAUUCUCUGCACCUUCCCCUGUCCCAGCCGCUUCCAGCUCCGCUGUUACCUCUUCCGGGCCCUGGAUCUGACCCCUGGCAUCUCCAAGACCUCUCUAGCCGCCGCCGCCCAGGUGUCGAUCAUGGAUCAGAGCCAACGCUCCCGGGUCGUGCGGGGUGUUCUGGACCCACUCUGGGAACAGACGCUGCUGCUCCACCCAGUGCUGCUGUUCGGGAACCCCCAAGGGAUUCGGGAGGACCCCCCAGCCGUAGUGGUGGAGGUGUUUGACCAGGCUGGGGAGGGCGCCGGUGUUUUUCUGGGGAGGUGUGUGUGCACCCCCGAGGUUUGGCUGGAUCCGGGACACCGGGAACCCCCCCGGCUCCAGCCUCACCCCCUGCGUGGGCCGUGGGGCCCGGCCGGGGACCUGGUGGCUGCCUUUGAGCUGCUGCUCGAGCCCGAGGACGGGGCCCUGGCAGCGCUCACACCCCCCCCGCUGAGGAAGGACGUGCUUGGCAUUCCCCUGGGAAUCCGGCCACGGCUCCAGAGGGUGGCACUGGAGGUGCUGGCCUGGGGGCUGCGGGGGCUGCGCGGGGCUGUGAGGGAACCCAGGCUGGAGCUGCAGUGGGAGGACCAGACCCUGUGGACUCCUGUGAUCAAGGAUUUCGCCUCCAACCCCAAUUUCCCCACCACCACCUUCCUGCUGACCUUGGCCCUGCCAGAGGAGGAGCAGUUGGUGCCCCCCAUCCGGCUGCGGGUGUGGGACAGGGGGAACAGGAAGCUGGAGGUCCUGGUGGGACAAGGCUGUGUGCGGGGACUGGGCCAGUACCGCUGCAGGACCCCUGGCCUAGAGCAACCCCCCUGCCAGGAGCAGCCCCCUGGCCCUGGAGACACUGGGACUGGCUCCUAUACAGUCGUGUCCAUGCCAGACGAACCCCUUUCCCUGCUGGCCGUUUUCAGCCUCUGGAAAGGUUUAUGUUCCCACUUCCUCACCAGAGCCUGGGCCAGGAUCGCCCAGAUCCUGCUCAGCUGCCUUGGGAAGAAGGAGGAUGGCGACAAGGUGGGCACAGGAAUGGGGCUACCCGGGGGCCACCAAGGCCACCAGUGCCACCCGCUGGGCGUGGUCCCACAGAUCUAUGGCUGUGAGCUGGAGGCCGUGCCCGAGUUCCAGGGGCUUCAGGAUUUCUGCCAGACCUUCCCUCUCCACAAACCAGGUGGUCCCCCUGUGCCUGGGCAGGAUUCUGAGCCCGUGGGUGAGUUCAAGGGGCCUUUCUUUACCUCCCCCCUCCCGGGGGGCUUGGGGGGGCCCCCCCCCCCCCAGCACUUCCAGCAGCUGCCCCCCAGCAAACCCCAGGAUUGCCUGGUCCGGGUCUACAUCGUCCGGGCCUUCGACCUGUCCCCCUGUGAUGUCACUGGGCUGAGUGACCCCUAUGUCCGGGUGUCCCUGGGGAAGAGGACCCUGGGCCAGCGGGACCACUACGUGCCCAAUACCCUGGAGCCCGUGUUUGGCAGGAUGUUUGAGAUGACGGCCACCAUCCCCCUGGAGAAGGACCUGAAGGUGACGCUGCUGGACCGUGACCGGCUCCCCCCGGACCAGGAGAUCGGCAGCACCUCCAUCGACCUGGAGAACCGGCUGCUGUCCAACCACCGCGCCCACUGCGGGCUGCCCACCCUGCACCACAUCGCGGGCCCUGCAGCCUGGAGGGAUCAGCUGUGCCCGAGCAGGACCCUGGAGCUCGUCGCUGUCACCCGGGGGCUGCCCACCCCUGAGUUCAGCCCCGACGGAUUGGCUGUGACCUUCAACCACCGAACCUUCCUCCUCAGGCACUUUGAGAGUGGCCCCCCCACAUUCCGCCACCCCGGGCCCCCCCGGGAGCGCCUGGCCCUGCAUGUGCUCAACCUGUGCCCCUUUGUACCUGAGCACCUGGAGACACGGCCCCUCUACAACAGUGCCCAGCCCGGCCUCGAGCAGGGCAAACUGCAGAUGUGGGUUGACAUUUUCCCCUCCAACCUCGGACCCCCUGGGCCCCCUGUGAACAUCGACCCCCGCAAGGCUGAGAGGUAUGAGCUGCGUUGUGUGGUGUGGAAUGUGCGGGACACAGACUUCGGGGACACCAACCUGCUGGGGCAGCGCAUGAGUGACAUCUAUGUGACUGGGUGGCUGGAUGGUCUCCCUGAGCAGCGGCAGCACACAGACAUCCACUACCGCUCCCGGGACGGACACGGUGCCUUCAACUGGCGCUUCCUGUUCCCCUUCGAGUUCCUGGUGGCUGAGAAGCUCUGUGUCAUCGGCCGCAGGGAGCACGUCUGGAGCCUGGACAAGACAGUGCUGAAGGUGCCACCCAAACUCAUCCUCCAAGUGUGGGACAAUGACAAGUUUAAAGCAGAUGAUCUUCUGGGUGUCCUGGAGCUGAACCUGACCAAGCUGCCCUACCCAGCUCUGACCCCCAGGCUGUGCAGGGCCAUGUCCUGGGAGCACCACAGUGUCCCCUGGCCCUGGUGCAGGACCCCAGCCCUGGCCCCCUCCUCAAUCAACCUGUUCCGAAUGCGGCGGACGCGGGGCUGGUGGCCCUGCAUGAUGCAGGAGGACGGUGCCCAGUGGCUCUCUGGGAAGCUGGAGCUGAGCUUGGAGCUGCUGACAGCCGAGGAGGCCGAGGAGCGGCCGGCGGGGAAAGGGCGGGAGGAGCCUAAUAAAUACCCAACGCUGCCGGCACCCAGGCGCUCCAAGUCCUCGUUCCUGUGGCUGCAAUCCCCGCUCCGCCUCCUGCGCUAUGGGAUCCGCUGGCGCUACUGCGGCUGGGCCGGGCUGGCACUGGUGGCAGUCUUGCUCCUCUUCCUCAUGCACGUCUUCUUCCCGAGUUCUAUGACUGUUAAAAUGGUUGACCAACUCCGUGUCCUACAUCCUGCUGGUGCAGAGCAUCCUAAAAUGGAGCAUCCCCCUGGCAGAGGGGCAAUGCCAGCCUAAGAAGCCCAGGAACCCCUCAACUUCCCCCUUCCCUGACUGCCAACCCCUCCCUGAGCUCCUCUCUCUCUCUUCUUUUUGGAUUAUCCCACCAUGGAGUGGAUUGUCCUGCUCCAGAGGCUACAUCCUGAUGAGUAUUCUAGGAAUUAACAAAGUAAUGUCC